AUGUCCUUACUCGCUAGUCGCGGGCCGUCGCAUAGCGGCGUUCUUCACGAAUAUGCUCCCAAACUUGUGGCCUUUGAGUUCACCCCACCAACAGAAGGAAUAAAUAAGACAAACAGCCUUAUCUUCGUGGGUGGACUGACAGAUGGAUUUUGUACUGUUCCCUAUGUAUCCAAGCUAGCGAAAGCUCUGGAAAAUACCGAUUGGUCGGUCUUUUCUGUCCUACUUUCAUCCUCAUAUGCUGGAUGGGGAGUCGGAAGCCUUGAUCGCGAUAUAGAAGAACUCGGGCAAUGUGUGCGGUUCAUUCGCGAUAUCAAGGCGUCACGCCAACCCGGCGCACUAACAAAAGCUGGAAAGAUUGCGAUCAUGGGUCAUUCGACCGGAAGUCAGGAUGUGCUCCACUACCUUUAUUCGCCGAACCCCGUGCCGAACAAGGACUUUGAUUUUGGCCUUCAACACAUGGUCCGCCCUGAGCUCGAUGGUGCUAUUCUCCAAGCACCUGCCUCUGAUAGAGAGGGUCUGGAGGCUAUUAUUGAAUCCUCUUCGCAGCCCGAUGAGCUCAGAAAGGUCUACGAUCAGCUUGUCAGCUUUGCCAAGAAGCAACCAUUUACAGCAGAGAAGAGCGACACAAUUCUCCCAAUGAACCUGACUGCAAAGCUUUCUUUUCCGCCCAACACGCCUCUCAGUGCCCGGAGAUUCUUGAGUCUGGUCAGCCCUUCUAGCCCCGAAGAGCCAUCUGAUGACGAUCUCUUCAGCUCCGACUUAAAUGAUAAGCGUUUGCAAGAAACUUUUGGCAUGGUGGGCACGCGGGGUAUUAUUAAAUCAAAGCUGUUGUGCUUGUAUUCCGGUGAAGAUGAGUAUUGCCCGCAUUGGGUGGACAAAGAAUUGCUCUUGCGGAGAUGGCAGCAGGCUACCGAAGCGGGAGGCGCCAAGUGGGAUGCAGAAAACAGCGCUGUCAUUCCUGGAGCCAGCCACAAUGUUCAUGACGAAGGUCAACAGGACCUCAUUGAUCGGGUUCUACGAUACCUCCAGACCCUCUGA